CUCCUCCGGCGGGGCGGGGGCGGGCGAGGCGGCCAUGGCGCGGCGUCUGGCGGUGCUGCGCGCCCAGCCCUGCGUCCUGGCGGCGGCGGCGGCGAUGGCACUGGCCUGCGCGCUCUACUACGCGGGCUCGGGCCCCGCGCAGCCCGCCCCGCCGCCCGCGUCCCCGCCGGCCCCCCCGGUCCCGGCGUCGGAGGGCAAGGCCAAGGCGGGCGAGGAGCUGCUGCUGCGGGGCGCCGGCGCGGCGGGCGAGGGGGCGGCGGGCGAGGCGGAGCUGCACGUGCUGGCGGUGCUGGCCAAGGCGGAGCGCAACGAGGCGCUGCUGGCCAAGGCGGCGGCGGCGCUGCGCUCGCUGGUGCGCUUCGGCAAGCUGGGCCCGCGGGAGGCGCUGGCGUUGCACCUGCUCUGCGACGGGCCCAGCAGGGCCCCCGCCCGGCAGCUGCUGCACCAGGCGCUGCGCCCGGCCGCCUUCAAGUACAAGGUGGUCUUCCACGACCUGGAGGUGCUGGCCCAGAAGCUCCAGCCCACAGUGGAGGCCAUGCAGAAGCUCUUCAGUGCGGGGGCUGGCAGCUACUACGGGGACUCGCUCUUCUUCCUCUCGGUCGCCAUGCACCACAUCAUGCCCAGAGAGGUUUCGCGGGUCAUACAGGUGGAUCUGGAUGUGGAGUACCGUGCCAACAUUCGGGAACUCUUUCAGGAAUUUGACAACUUCCCAGAAGGAGCAGUAAUUGGCAUCGCCCAAGAAAUGCAGCCGGUCUAUCGGCACAUCUUCUGGCAGUAUCGGCAGGAAAACCCUGGGACCAAGGUGGGGGACCCGCCCCCAGACGGGCUGCCCGGCUUCAACAGUGGGGUGCUGCUGCUGGACCUGGAGGCCAUGCGCCAGUCGGAGCAGUACAACCGUCUGCUGGAGCCGGCGAUGGUGCAGCAGCUGGCCAACAAGUUCCACUUCAAGGGCCACCUGGGGGACCAGGACUUCUUCACCCUGGUGGGCAUGGAGCACCCCGAGCUGUUCUAUGUUCUGGAUUGCACCUGGAACCGCCAGCUCUGCACCUGGUGGCGUGAUCACGGCUACAGCGAUGUCUUUGAGCGCUACUUCCGCUGCGAUGGCCAUGUCCGCAUCUACCACGGGAACUGCAACACGCCCAUCCCGGCAGAGUAGCGGCUGCUCAGGAGGGGGCGGGGGGCUGCCGCAGGUCGGACCCGAGGGGCAGCAGCAAGGGGAGUCGGGGUGACCUCUGGGGCCUCCUGAGAAACAGUCCAGCAGCAGCCCAAGCUGUCUGCCCUGGGAGGGCCAUGCGCUCCUCUGUGGGAAAGAGCCAUUGCCUGGACCUGCAACCGCACCUGGACCUCAGACCGGGGGGGGGGAGGGGGAGUGUUGGGCAGAAGGGGGUCUGUUCUGUCAGUGGGACAGUUGAGUAUGUAGGGCUUCUUGGGCCUGGAGAAGAGGCCGCUGGGCUUCAUGCUCAGAGCACAUGUCUGAGGGAAUGUGGUGGGGACCCCAAGCCACCAUUCCGUCUCCUGCCAGUCCCAGCUUGAACUCCCGGCUGGGAGCGGGUUCCUGGGCUGGGUGCGUGGAGGGGGUCUCUGGUGAGCUAUCGCCCCCACAAGCAGGAGGGGAAGGUGGCUGCGGUGGUUUCUUUCCCCUUUUGCAAUAAAAUUGUGAGGACCAAUACCACCCUCUGCCUGCA